CAUCAUUCAUGGGUGUAGGGAGAUGGGUGGACGCGCAACCCUCUCCUUCGAAGUUCUACCGAAAAGUUUGUAGCGUCCUAACCACAUUUGUUUACGGCGCUGAUCGCGUUUUUCUGAUUCCUACUAAAAAACAGAGCUGAAACAUAGAAACGCCCAUUGAGAGGAAUUCCAAUAUAUUGUACUUGUUUCCCGCCCUCUUUGUAUUCCAUAUGUCGAAUUAUUGUGAAAAGGGACAAAUAGUCGUCUGCGAAAAAUCCACCUGUUGGAGUUGAUUACAGGUGCAUCGAACUCGCCAUGACGAGGCGGCCAGACCUCGGACUAAAAAAGUUGGAUUUUGUUUAUGUCAAAAAGAAAAUUUAAAACAUCAAGAUCUUCGUCCUUUUGCAAAAUGUGUAACUAUUGGAUUAUUCUUUGGACGAUAGUAAUAUCGUCUGCUUCUGUACCUGUGUGUUCUGCUCAAGAGACAUGUUAUCCACCUGGAGGGGUUGCCGGCAUCGUUGUGGCCACGAUAAUCGUCACGUUUGUUGUUGGGGGCCUAGGGGUUGCCCUGGCUUGGCGGCGUUGGACUCGUAAGACAGGAAUUCAAAACGUAAGUCACACUCAACAUCAGAAGCAGGCUCAAAAAUCGCAGGGUGAUUUUGCCUUUGAUAAUCCUUAUUUUCAAAAUCAAGACUGUAAUGGUGGAGAUGAGACUGACAAAAAUAAAACUAGAUCGUCUCUGAACAAGAACUCUAUUCGCUCGUCUAAGAUAUCUGAAUACUCCGUGAAAGCUAAAAAACCUCGAAAUGGUAAAGGUCACUUUAUGUUUGGGGGAGGUAAAAAGCACCGAGCAUACGAUGAUUCAUGUCUUGCUGUGGAACCAGAGAGAACUGUUGUGUCAUUGCGUGGGCAUGAUUUUACCGGUUUAGGAUUCAACAUAUGUGGAAAUAUGAGAGAUGGUAUUAUGGUAAAGGAUGUUCUCCAUCGUGGACCUGCUAGUGAAUCUGGACUCAUCAAAGCUGGGGAUAAAAUAUUGAAUGUGACAGUUUCUUUUUCAAACAUUGUGUAUGAAGAUGCUUUAACUAUACUCAGCUAUGCAUCACCUUAUGACGUUCAAUUAGAGAUUGAAAGAAUCCCAGACAAAUCCAGAAACACGCCUACUACUUCGAAAAGGCUUGGUUCGUGCAGCUUCAACAACAGUGGUCAAAAGCUGUUCCAUCCCCUCUAUCGCAGUCAGAGCAUAGACGAUCUCACACAGAUCGACAGAGACACAUUCCCAUCCCAUGGCAUUGGUCCGAGACGCUCUCAGAGCAUCGGUGUUGCUGCCCAUAAGCUCGCUGCCCACUUCAAGAACUCAGAUUCAAAACUUGAAGACAAAGAUCGGAAUCCAAUGUCACUUGUCCUCUCUACCACCGGCUCGUUGAAUGAGAAAAUGCUUGCAAACGUCAUGUCGGAUGGCAGUCACCAUAAGAAUGGAUUGCAGUGGGAGAAACGGUUCGAAGACACUCUGGAGAGCGAAGACUCCAGCGUCUUGAGUGACAAUAAACGUGAUGCAAAAUCAAUGACUUCCACUUCAACUAGCAAUGAGAAGACGGUCAUAUCUACUAAAGAAAGUGCAGUUAGAAAGUCAAACGAGAAUUUGGUGGCAUCAAAGAAUUACAAACAAAAGAAUUCUAAGUACCUAGAUUCGCCUUACAAUAAUGAAAAACUUGAGAUUCAUAAAUCACCUAUAGAUAAAAAUGAAAUAGAUGGAAGUGUGACAGUGCAAGUUCACCAACCAGAACGCAUGAGUGGGAGAAGAGCCAAAACCAUGGCUCAGGCUACAGGGGCUCUCUGGCAAUUGGAUCAGAGUAUCAGAGACGAUGAUAGCUCAUUGUCCAAUUUAGAUUCCCCUCGUUAUUCUCAAAGAAAUACGUCAAAAGUAGACAAUUUACCACACUCGCCUGUUGAUAGAUUCUCUCAACGGGAGGAAGGCGAUGAAUCUGAUGUGUCAAGGGACUCGCUAGAGACGUCAAGUGAUAAAAUUGGAAGGCAAAGAUUAAGUGAGCUAAAACAGACUACUGAGAUUCGUAAUAACGGAUUGCCAUCCAGUGCCAUUAAUAAACAAUAUCAAAAUGAUAAAAAAUCUGGCAUAAACAUGAAAAAUAAUUCUGGUAAGGUGCCUGACAAUGUACCGAGGAUUCAGUCAGAACGUGUGUAUGCUAAUAAUGUGAUUAAUAAUUCGAUGGUAGCUGUAGCUGGCAAUACAGAGCAAAGACUACAGAGAGAUAAAGCUAGUCACUCAGAAAUAAAACCAGAAAAUAGUCGCCAUGAUGGUGACAAUUCUUAUUCUAACCACCGAGAGGCUAUGCCGAAGGAGUUACCACACCGGGUUGUUCCAAAUUCCGCCAACGAUACACAUCAGUCUGUUAAUUCUGAACAUUUCACCCAGAACUACGCCAAGGCAACUCGAAUUACUGUCAAUGGUGAGGCGAGUGAACCCAAAAAUAAAUUUGUAGUAAACUCAGUCGCUCAGAGUAAUUCACCAGUUGAUUACAAACAGUACCAACGAAAUGACUUGGAAGUUAGAUCAAAUUCAAAUGAAAAUAAAAGCAAGCCAAGUCCUUUGCAGCAGCAAGUUUUCAAUAAAAAGACUGCGAAUCCCGCUGGUAUGUUUACGCAAAUAAAUCCAUUCCAAAUGCCUUCAAAGCAAAAGAAUUUGAACUUAAAAAGUUGGGUCGGUCGAGAAGAUUCAAAUCGUGAUAGUCCCAUACAUACCAACGAACUUCAACAGUCGCAUGGGAACUAUAUCACUAUCAGUGACACAGCUUCACAACAAAACAGGCGAAGCAAUGCCUUGCCCGAACCUCAUUCUUAUAAUCAGAGAAUGGGUGAUCGAACUAGGACAGUGAUAAUGUCCUCUUAUGAAAACAGCCCGUAUGGCAGUAUACAUAGUUCACAGAAUUCUAACUUCAAGCACCACUGAUUAGAAAUUAGAUCGCAACUUUAUGUAGAGUUCUUGAUAUAUUGUUUAAAUGAGAAAAGCAAAUUUAUUUGAAGAAAAAAAUGUACUUUUUAAAUGUUUUGCACCACUUAUUCCCUGGUUCUAAAUUGAUUUUGAAAAACGGGUAUUUCGAUCAAAGUUGCCAUAUUUUUUUGUCAUGUACUAGAAAGGUUCGCUCAGUAACCUCUAUGAUUGCUACGCUUUUGUCAUUGUUUUUCCUUAAAAAAACACAUUUCACAUUCUUCAUAAAAACAAGUAAAAGUUAAAAAGUAUAUAUUUUUUACAAUUUUGUAUGGGAAAAAUAAAUAAGAAAUAAUUUUAAUCAUGAACGAGGCAUAUUAAUAUUAGUACAACUUAAAUAGGAAAUGAUUUUUACUUUCUCGAAUUUAAUUUUUUUUUUAUACAAAUGAAAUUUAUCUCUGACAACAUGUCCUCUCUCUCUGUAUUUUAUUUAUAUAUUUAUUUUUUUUUACUUUUGACUCCACAAGACUAUAACGCAAGCAUAUAAAAUUAAAAUUUCGAAAUUUAAAUUCUUAGCUGUCAUUUUUUAUGUUUCCUGAUUUGGAGUCCAUGUAGUGGUAGCGAAAUAACUAUCAAAUUUGUACAAUUGUAAGCAGGAAUUAUUUUGACUUUACAAACACUUAAUAUUUUAAGGAAUAUUGCAAAACCUUUUAUAUAUUUAUUUAAGUUAUUUACAUGUAGUGGUUAUCAAAAUUAUUAUGUUCAACUUUGUUAAGCCAAGAUGAAAAUAUACAUUUUCUUACCACUUUAGAUUUAAAAAGAAUAUUUUCUGAUAAAAUCGCGAAUUCGGCAUCUGUGUCAAUAAACCUACAACACUGGAAGGUGGGUCAUUAUUUAAAGCAAAGACUGUUUCAAACAAAUAAUAAUUUCUAGGGAAAAAAUUGGUGUUAAAUUUACUAAUGAAAAAGACCUCUUCAGUUCUUUUUCUGAGCUUACGUGGUAAGUUAACGUGGUUAUAAACAGCUAUUUAUUCUCAAACUAAUGUAUAUAAUGUUAAUUUUUUUCCAAUUCAUCGUAAUUUCUGUAUUUUAAGUUUCUUAGUGUUAUAAUUUUCUGCUCAAUAAAACAAAAUGUAACAUAUUGUUGAACAUCCAAACCAUCCGCAUUGGUUUCGCUUUCGAUUUUUUUAACAGAGAGCUAUAAUUGAUGACUAUGAAGAAAUUUUAACUAUUUCCUAUUCAAUAUCAGAAAGAUAUUGCGAAUAA